UACGGGACCUCUGUGCAAGGUCCCGAUCAUGUGAUCACUGAUUGGCCAAUCAGUGAUCACAUGCAGAGUAAUAAGCAAGAUGUCACUUCUGACAUCAUUGCUUACUACGUGUGAAAUCUGCGAAUGAUCACAGAGAUCACAUGGUACAAGGCUAUUCACAACAGCCUUGUACCAUGUGACAAGCUGUGACCAAUCAUAGCUCGCACAGUAUUUCUCAAUGGCUGCAAGAAUGCAGCCAGAGAGAAGGAGAAAUGAUUGCUU